AUGACCAUCGGGUCAGUUCUCGGGUCGGGUCUAGAGCUAGGGGAGAUUGAGAGACCACCUGUCCGGGUAAGGGUAGAAGAGCCAGUGAAUGAGGGUUUAGAGCAAGAGAAACCCGUGUUAGAAAAGGUUGAUAGAAAGCUGGUUGAGCUAUUUAAAUCGAGCCCUGAGAUUGAUCAUUCUCGUAUUCCGUAUCCUGAGCAUGUUAAGAAUAAAAAAUAUACUAGAGAAUACAGGCAUUUCUUAGAUAUGUUCAAACAACUUAAGAUCAAUCUACCAAUUAUCGAAGCUCUAAAGCAUAUGCCCAAGUAUGUUAAGUUUUUAAAGGAUCUCCUGAAAGGGAAAGAUAAGUUAGAAGAGCUUUCAAAUGUCCCAUUAAAUGCCAAAUUUUCUGCCGUGGUAACGAACAAGCUACCGGAGAAACUGACAGAUCCGGGUAUCUUCACGAUCCCGUGUUUGUUUGGUGGUGAUGUUCAAAAUCAUGCAUUAGCCGACCUUGGUGCUAGUAUUAAUAUGAUGCCAUACUCAUUUUAUGAAAAACUAGGCCUUGGUGAAUUAAAACCCACUCGUACGACCCUCGCUUUAGCAGAUAAAACCGUUAAGUAUCCUCGGGGAAUUGUAGAGAAUUUGCUAGUAAAUGUUGAGAAGUUUGUCUUCCCGGUGGACUUUGUAGUGCUAGACAUGGAAGCCGAUGAAAACGUACCAUUUAUAUUAGGACGACAAUUCUUGUGCACCGCCAAAGCUCUCAUAGAUGUCUUCUUAGGCACUAUCACACUUAGAGCAUGUGAGGAAUCAGUAGUUUUCAAGGUCACUAAAACGAGAGGGUCGAGUGCUAUAGUGGAGGAAGUGGCAUCGGUAGGGGAAAGUGAAGGUUGUGAGAGGAAAUAG